CAAGGGGAAAACAGCGCCUGACCGUUCGAGAUUCAGAAUAGGAAUCAAAACAACAGACUGACACGCCUUCGUCGUAUAGCCUACCUUUGCUGACAGAACCACAGAAAUCUAGAUGGCGAUGAGGCUGUGAAAGGCAGUGUCACCUGCAAAGGAAGAACAGAAAGCGAAGAAAAGAAUGUUAUGCUGCGCUGCGUUGAGAAAAUGUAAUCUGCGGAAAUGAGAGACAGCAGCUUCUGAUUAUCAGUAUUCAUUAAUAACAGGAACAGCACGAUGCCCAACCAGAAAAACAACAAGGGGAAGAGAAAUAAACGCACCAAUAGUAGUGGAGAUGAACAGGAAAAUGGAGCCAGUGCGGCCGCAACAGGAACCCAGGCAGCAGCAACAACGUUGUUGGGGGCUACAGCUGCGCCGCCAAAUGAGAAUACUAGUGCAGAAGCCCCUUGUGCUACCCCUCUGGUGUGCAGUCUGGGCAGACCGAUCGACCUGGACAAGGACGACUACCAACGGGUGGUGUGCAACAGCGAAACCUGUCCCUACAGCAACUGGAUGCACCUGCAGUGCUUCUACGAGUGGGAGAGCAGCAUCCUGGUGCAGUUCAACUGCAUCGGACGCGCGCGCAGCUGGAACGAGAAGCAGUGCCGCCAGAACAUGUGGACUAAGAAGGGAUACGACCUGGCCUUCCGCUUCUGCUCCUGCCGCUGCGGUCAGGGCCACCUCAAAAAGGACACCGACUGGUACCAGGUCAAACGCAUGCAGGACGACCGCAAGAAGAAGGUCCCGCCGGAGAAGAGCUUCGGCAAGUCCGGCGCCUCUGCAAGCGGGGGCGGGGGCGGGGGCGGGGGCGGGUGCGGGGGUGGGGGUGGGGGCGGGUGCGGGGGCGGGGCUGUGGGUGGGAUGGAGCCCUCCGAAGAGCCCAAAAAGGUCCGGCACCCCACGGGAAACAAAAUGGCGCACAGGACGUCCAGCCAGGAGCUGCCGCGCCGGCAGUCUAUAGACCGGCAGAACUCUCAGGAGAGGGGCCCCGGCGGCCCUUUCUGCGGCAACAGCCUGGGGCCCCGCUCGCCCUGCGACUCCCCCGGCCAGUCGCCGCCGUCCGGCUUCUCCUUCUUCUCGCCCGCGGCCUUCGGCGGGCCCCGCGGCUCGCGGCACCUGGGCGAGUUCCUGAAGAACGCCGUCCACCUGGAGGGCCACCGCAAGCACCUGCUGGCUGCCGCCGCUGCUGCCGCCGCCGGCGGGCUGGGCCGCAGCGGCCACGGGCUGGAGCACGGCGUCGGCCUCCCCCUGCCCCGGCUGGCCCCGGGGGACAACCCCGUGCAGUUCCUCCGGAGGCUGGACCUCUCCGAGCUGCUGGCCCACAUCCCCCGCCACAAGCUCAACACCUACCACGUGCGCAUGGAGGACGACGCCCACACCGGCCAGGGGGAGGAGCUGAGGAAGUUCAUCCUAUCGGCGCUCAGCGCCAGCCACAGGAACGUGGUCAACUGCGCCCUGUGCCACCGGACCCUGCCGGUGUUCGAGCAGUUCCCAUUGGUGGACGGGACCCUGUUUCUCAGCCCCUCCCGUCACGACGAGAUCGAGUAUGACGUGCCCUGCCACCUACAGGGGAGGCUGAUGCACCUGUAUGCAAUUUGUGUCGAUUGCCUGGAAGGAGUCCAUAAAAUCGUAUGUAUAAAGUGUAAGUCUCGAUGGGAUGGGAGCUGGCACCAACUGGGAACCAUGUACACUUAUGACAUACUGGCUGCCUCGCCCUGUUGUCAGGCUCGGCUGAACUGCAAGCACUGUGGAAAACCCGUCAUAGACGUUCGAGUUGGGAUGCAGUACUUCUCCGAGUACAGCAACGUGCAGCAGUGUCCCCACUGUGGAAAUCUAGACUAUCACUUUGUCAAGCCAUUCUCCUCUUACAAGGUCCUGGAAGCCUAUUGACAAAUGCUGUGUUUGCAUGCUAGUGUUGUUUUCUGUUUCCUUUCUAUAGGCAACCUUUUUUGGCUCAUAAACAAAGAUUCAUUUUCAGGAUGCUUUGUCCAUCUCUUUUUUGUUUUUAUAAAGAAAUAUGACAAUAUACAUGUACCAAUAAAGUAUCUUUUCUAUUUAAAGAAAGAAAAUUUAACAAGAUUUGGGUGUAUAUUCAUAAGAAAUGGGGAAAAAAGUUUUUGAAAUUAAUAUGUAAAAAAAAAAAAAAAAACCCAUAAGCAACAACAAAAAAACAAAAACUGUGACAAGUGAAUGUAUCCGUAUGCCAAAUGAGCUUUUUUUGUAAUAAAAAAAUAAAUAAAAAAACAAAGUUAAAUGGA